CCUCUUGCCCAGAUCCGCAUUCGCCCAACAACGCAACAAGACAUGGGCAAGCCGAGCAAGAUGGACGGCCGUGUCAACGGCACGGGCUCCACGUACGAGCGCCGCGCCUGGACGCGCAAGGAAGACGAUGCUAUCAUCCGACUCGUAGAGGAGUACGGCACUAAGCGCUGGUCGGUCAUAUCGGACCACUUAAAUGGGGAGAAUCACGGUACGGAGCGGACAGGCAAGCAGUGUCGCACGCGAUGGCUCAACCACCUGGACCCCACCAUUAAGAAGGACCCUUGGACUGCCGAGGAGGAACAGAUCAUCGAGGACGCACAGACGCGUCUCGGCAACAAGUGGGCGGAGAUCUCCAAGCUGCUGCCUGGCAGGACGGAUAAUGCCAUCAAGAACCACUGGUACUCGUCCAUGAGACGGACGAUGCGUCGCAUGGCGAAGCAGCAGAACAAAACACUGGGCCAAGUGGCACGAAGCGGAGUAGGAAGCAACAAGGCCGCCAAGUUUGGUGUGAAUGCGUCGCCCGGCUCAAUGGUGGAGCUGGCGCGAGACGCCAUGAACGCUGGUCGUCAGGGUAUGUCGUCCACACAGGCCUUAGUGUAUAAGGACUGCUACAACGCCCUGAUCAAACAGGCAGAAGACGGAAAGGGACGUCAAGGGCAACGAAAUGUUAAUAAGAAACUCAACUCGAAGCGGAAACGCAAAGAUCUGCGCAUCUGCACGGGCAGUGAAAACAGCGGCAUGUUCUUGCCAGAUACGCCUCGACGUGUUCUACACACGCAGCUAUUGCUGCAGCUCUUGAACAACGGAGAGGAGGAUUUCGGUACAUUCAUCACGGUCGCCAGCACAACCAACAAGAACAAGAAGCGGACUGCUCAGGGCAAGAGGAACGGAGUCAAUGGAGCUGGCGUCGGUGAGUUUGGCGGUGACCAUGCAUUUACCGAGAUGGACGGAUCCUUCCACGCCUUCGAGCACCUUGACAUUGACUUUAACGAGCAGCAAGUGGCUGAGUUCUUCAACAUGCCGACACCUCAAGGACUGCAGCCUCCGCACAGUUUGCGUCGCUCUCCGCGAUUCAUGUCACCAGCAGGCUUCAUGAAGGCCGACGGCACGAAAUUCUCGUUCGACGACCUCGAUUUCCCUGCCGAACUGGACCCGAAUACCCUUGAAUUCGAGAUUUCAAGUGAAAACGGCGGCGUUCUUCGACGCUCGCCUCGACUUCGCACGGAUGUAUUGGUAGCGUUCCCUCACGCAAAUGCCUCAACUUUCGGGAUUGGCCGUCAGCCGUUGCCUCACAAACGCUUGGCCCCACCAACGAUCGACGUCGCGCUUCAGCAGGAGACGUUCGACUUCGAUCACUCCAUCACGCCGACGCUUAAGAGCCCUCAGCUGCGGCAAUGGCUCGAUGGAUCACCAAAGAACUUUGUUGCGUCCGUCUAA